AUGAAGUCUUUCAUCCCCCUCUCGCUCCUGCUCAGCGCAACCACUCUCGCUGCUCCCACGGCAGUCCCCGCGGAAGGCGCUAGCUUUCCCAUCACCGAUCUCAUCGACUCCGAUCUCACAAUUAAGCAAUACGCCGCCGCGCUCGAAGCCGAAUCUCCUUCCUCGUCCCCUGCUACCGGAGAAGUUCAGAAGCGCCAAUUCAAUGGCGAUACCUUCAACCAGCUCACUGAUGGCACACCGUGCCGUGAGGUAACUCUCAUCUACGCCCGCGGCACCACUCAAGACGGCAAUGUCGGUGACGCCGCGUCCGAAGGCCCAACUUUCUUCAACGCCUUAGCUGCCGCACUCGGCGGCACAUCCAGGCUCGCUGUCCAGGGCGUCGAUUACGCUGCGAAUGUGUUUGGGUUUUUGCUUGGUGGCGACCCAGCCGGUGUCACCAAGAUGGGGGAGUUGAUCAACCAGGCCGCAACUCAAUGCCCGUCUACCAAAAUCGUGCUUUCCGGCUACUCCCAGGGAGCGCAGGUCUCGCAAAAAGCCGCGCGAGGUCUCUCGGCCAGCGUAGCAGGCCGCGUGAACGCCGUCCUUAACUUCGGCGACCCUUUCCGUGAUGACCCUGAUUUCGGUCUUAUCCCUGCCGACAAGACCCGCAUUAUCUGCCACGAUGGCGAUAACAUCUGCGAGGGCGGCAUUAUCAUCACUGCGGAGCACCGCAACUAUGAGCGGGAUGCCGCUGAUGCGGCGGCGUUUGUUGUUAGCAAGUUGUAG